CUGACGGGCGCCGGCCGGCGCACGGCGCCGAAAUAAUAAAACAGAAACUGCUUACUACUUGAACAUUUGAACCAGAAAAUAAUAAGGCGUAGGUCGCUAGAGUUGAUUAGUAAAAUCAACUUGAUUAGUAAAAUUUGUUCUAUCCUAUUAAUACAGACCAGGCAGUUGUAUAAAUACGAGUAGAAAUAGAAAUACCUACAAACGUACAACUAAACUAAGAAAAAUAUGGAAGGGCGGAAACAACCUGGAUCUUUCUGGCGUAAAAGGAAACAAGAAAAGCAAGAAAGACAAAAUAAAAUUUUGAAAGGUAUACCCAAAAUGACAGCAUUUUUUAUACCUGAUGGAAAUCAAGAAGACGACACUACAAAUAUUUGCCAACCCGGUAGUAGUUCUAGUGCUACUAGUGAUAAAUAUAUUCAUAUUCAACCACAUGAACUUAUUUUGGAGACUUCAGAAUUAGUGCCAGAGCCAGAGCACUUAGUAUCACCUGUUUCAAAAGUAUUAGAAUAUGAAGAAGCAACCACCAGUAACUCGGAUCCAAAACAGGAUUUACUUAAUUUUAAAGAUCCGGCACUUUGGCAAGAUUCCCAUAAUUAUGCAGAAAUGAUUCUAGAAAAAUGAGUCGAACAGAAUCUUACAGAUAUGGACUUUUCAAUGUCAAAAAGAAAUUUCGGGGAACAACACAGGUAUGCCGGUAAGCAAAUAUUUUAUAAAAGACUUGUUAAUGGAGAAGUGGUUCGCCGCGAUUGGGCAAUUUACUCCGAGAGCACUGGCAAUAUAUUUUGUCUUUAUUGUGUAUUAUUUGGAAAUAAAAAAACCAAUUUAAAACAGGAUUUUCAUUAUGGAAUAAAAGUAAGGAAAGAUUAGACGAACAUGAAAGAUCUAAUGAUCAUAUAGAUAAUCUGAAAAUGUAUAUGACUCGCUUAUUAAAGCAAGGAAGAGUUGAUGUAGAACUCGAAAAGGAAAUUAGCACUGCGAAAGAAUAUUGGGUGAAAGUACUAGAAAGAAUCAUAAGUGUAAUAAAGUUUCUGGCUACCAGGGAAUUGGCAUUUAGAGGUACUCAUGAAAGAAUUGGCGAAAAACGGAAUGGAAACUACUUAGGUUUACUGGAACUAUUGUCAGAAUAUGAUCCAUUUUUGAAAGAUCAUAUUAAUAAACGAGCAAAUUUAGGUAAGGGCAAAACGUCAUAUCUAUCAAAAGAUAUAUGUAACGAAUUACUGAAUAUUUUAUCCAAUCGAGUCAUUGAUGAAAUUGUUAGACAAAUUAAGGCAAACAAAUACUAUUCUAUAAGUGUAGAUUCAACACCUGACAUAACACACCAUGACCAACUUCAGUGAUUUUGAGAUAUUGUGACAAUAAAGGGAAUCCCGUGGAAAGAUUCGUGGGAUUUUAUAAAAACACUGGGCAUAGCUCACAACAACUUGAGGAAACAGUUAUUGGGAUGUUAGAGUCUUUGAAAUUAGAUAUUAAGAACUGUAGAGGCCAGUCUUACGACAAUGCCAGUAAUAUGAGUGGAAAGUAUUCUGGUUUGCAAGCACGUAUUAAAGCUUACAAUGAUUUAGCUCUCUUUUGUCCGUGUGCUGCUCACUCUUUAAAUUUGGUUGUCCAAAAUGCAGCAGAUUGUUGUUUGGAAGCAACAUCUUUUUUCAUGUUGGUACAAGCUAUCUACAAUUUUUUCUCCGUGUCUACACAUAGGUGGGAGUUAUUGUCUCGUGCACUAAAGGAUUCGGCUGAGUCGGGCCAGACACUGUUACCUAAGAGAGUGCUAAGUUACCUAAGCAGCUUCUCUAUCGGAAAAACUUAAUUUGUUGGAAAACGGAAUAAUUUUAUCAUUUUGGCUUGACGUUUUACAAAGGGUUAAUGAAGUGAAUAAAUCAGUACAAAAGGAAAAUAUGGAUUUAAGCACAACCGCUCAUCUGUUAUCAUCUUUAGCAGAUUACUUUGAUUUCUUACGUGAUCGUUUUGAUCACUACGAGGCCUUAGGAAUGUUGUUAACAGGGAACGAAAAUUAUGCUGAGAAAAGGAUUAUCAAAAAAAAAAUUGCAAUUAGGAGAAAUGAAUUCGGAGACAAGCUUAAGCCAAAAAGAAAAAAUGCGAACACAAUGUUAUGUUUGUAUAAUAGACAAUCUUAAGUCGGAGAUUAUUCGCCGAUCUGAUAGUUAUAAAUCUUGUUCAAGAGCAUUUGAAUUUUUGUUUAAACUAAAAGCUACGGAAGAUGAAGAUAUUUUCAGAUCGGCAACCGAAUUACAACAAAACUACAAGGAGGAUUUGGAUGAGUAUUUUUCCCAAGAAUGUGUUCAUUUAAAUCAUUUGUUAACGUCUCUUCCCCAAUUAAAUUAAUAAAUUAAUAUCUUCAUUUCCAAACGUUAAUAUUUGCCUGCGUAUUUUUUUCUCCAUAAUGGUCUCAAAUGCAAGUGGCGAACGCUCUCUUUCGACACUAAAAAGGGUAAAGACCUACUUAAGAAAUGCAACUUCCCAAGAAAAUUUGAACUCCUUAGCAGUCUUAUCAAUUAACGAGGACCUGCUAAAUGAAUUAAAUAUAACUGAUAUCAUCGAAAACUUCGCUUCAGUAAAAUCAAGAAAACAAGCUUUUCAAUAGUAAAGGUAUUUGCUUACCUACCUGAAGUUACCUGUUUGAAUGUUAUUAAGUAAAUUUUUAUUUUACUUUGUGAAGUUCGCCCUUAAUUUUUUCCUUGUACCUAUAUUGUUAGUUUUCAUUUAUGUUUGAAACCAAAAAAAGUUGUAAUUGUUUUUUUUUAUUUUAAUAAACUUGUAUUCAAAAUAUGUUUUGUUGAAUUGAAAUAAAGUUAAGAAAUAUUUUUGAGCCUGGGCGCGGCAUCCGUAUCAGCACCGGGCGGCAGACUGUGUUA